AUGCACCCCAAGCUGAUGGACACGCCCUACGCUGUAUCUGACAAGCGGGACCGGACAUACAGCUGGUCCCAGCGCCGUACAAGCUCUGUCGUUAUGGUCUCAUGCACCAUCACUGUUCAGACCCCAUUCUCGAACAUCGAUCACCAAAUUUGCAUCUACAUGAAGCAGGUCCUGUCCCAGCACCAAGAUGCAUUCGAACCUCUCAACCUUGCUCACUGGACCGCCCGAGUCCAACAGGCAUGUACAACGCUAGAAACCAGCCGAGCCUGCUGGAAAGAAACGGAAUGGACCACCGAAACAGUGGGGCACUGA